UCUCAUUACCUCUACCCUCCAUACUCGUUACUAAUAUAUCAAUAAUAGAAGUAUGCCGUCAGCGACAUCCGUAUAUAGAAGCCAGUAUUAGUGGAAUAAAAAAUAAAUCUGCGCAGUUUCCAAGACAACAUUUCAUUAAAGAGGCGUUCUGAUCACGACAUACGAAUAUAUGAUUUACUGAUCAUUUUGACGUUAGCUAGUUGUCGGUAAGUAAUAGUAACAUUUGCCGGUGACAAAUCCAAUUCAAAAUGUUGCGAGUAGUUAAAAAUGUAUUAAAUCACGUGCAAAAAUGCAAUUAUAGUCUAGCCGUUCCUAAGCCUCAUCAAAAUCCCAAUGUACUUUAUUCUGGGAUUUUCAUCAACAAUGAGUGGCAUAAGUCAAAAUCUGGAAAAACAUUUCAAACGAUAAAUCCUAGCACAGGACAAGUUAUCACUGAAAUCCAACAAGGUUCAAAGGAAGAUAUUAACUUAGCCGUAGAUGCUGCUAACGAAGCAUUCAAGUUUGGAUCAGAAUGGAGGACAAUGGAUGCUUCGGAAAGAGGGCGAUUACUUUACAAAUUGGCGGAUUUGAUGGAAAGAGAUGGUGCAUAUUUAGCAAGCUUGGAAACAUUGGAUAAUGGUAAACCGUUCACUCAAGCUUGGAGUGAUGUGGUUGGUAGUAUCAACGGUAUACGUUACAUGGCAGGUUGGGCGGAUAAAGUCCACGGUAAAACGAUUCCCAUGAACGGGAAAUAUUUGGCUCAAACUCGACUCGAACCAGUAGGAGUAUGCGGGCAAAUCAUACCGUGGAAUUUCCCUUUGCUGAUGUUGAGUUGGAAAAUAGGACCUGCUUUAAGUAUGGGAAACACGGUUAUUCUCAAACCGGCCGAGCAAACACCUCUGACUGCUCUGUAUGUAGCUGAACUUAGCAAGGAAGCUGGAUUUCCUCCGGGUGUGUUGAACAUUGUACCUGGGUUCGGUGAUGCUGGACAAGCUUUAGUAGAAAACCCUAAGGUUGAUAAGAUCGCUUUUACCGGCUCUACGGAGGUUGGUAAACAUAUUCAAAGUUUAUCCGGUAAAUACAAUCUGAAAAGAACAACUUUGGAAUUGGGUGGUAAGAGUCCCAACAUCAUUCUAGCCGAUGUUGACAUUGAACGUGCUGUUGAAUAUUCACACCACGGAGUCUUUUAUAAUUCCGGACAGGUUUGCUGUGCUGGUACCAGAACUUUCAUCGAUGAUAAAAUCUAUGACGAAUUUGUGGAAAGAUCCGUGGAACGUGCCAAAAAACGUAUCGUAGGAGAUCCGUUCGAUUUAAAAACCGAACAAGGUCCUCAAGUGAAUGAGGAACAAUUGGAGAAGGUCUUAGGGUUGAUCAAGGAAGGUGUCAAACAAGGAGCUAAAUUAGUACAUGGAGGAAAGAGGCACGGAGAUACUGGAUAUUUCAUACAACCAACUGUUUUCGCAGAUGUUGAAGAUCAUCAUAUAAUUGCUAAAGAAGAGAUUUUCGGACCUGUUCAACAACUCAUACGGUUCAAAGAUAUGGAUGAAAUUAUUGAAAGAGCAAAUAAUACUAAUUAUGGCCUUGCUUCUGCAAUUUUUUCAAAUGAUAUCAACAAAAUCAAUUAUAUCAGUCAAGGUCUCCGAGCUGGUGUCGUUUGGGUGAACUGCUAUAACGUUCUUGAAGUUCAGACUCCAUUUGGAGGUUACAAAGAGUCUGGAUUUGGUAGAGAAAUGGGAGAAUAUGGAUUGCAACAAUAUACAGAAGUCAAAUGUAUAAUUACUGCUGUGCCACAAAAGAAUUCUUAAAAUACUAGUUUUAAUUUUGAAUUUCAAUAUUUUGUUCUAAUUUGGUUUUCGAGACAAUUAAUAAAAAAAAUAAAUCGAAGAUCUAAUGUUACAUAAUCAUAUAUAUUUUGUAUUUGCUGAAAUAAAACUUGUAAUAUAUUUUUUAA